AAACACCAAAAUAAUCAGCACUCAACUCGUGAACACCUUGCCCGGGCUCGCUGGCUCGCCGAGGGCAGAGCCUCAACAAGGAACCACUACUAGAGUCAAGGACAAGGACAAGGACAAGGACAAGUCUCCCCCAAGCCCAACACCAUGAAGACCUCAGCUGCGAUCAUCAUCGUCGCAUUCUGUCUGUUCAUCACAGGAGCUGAAAAUGCAGCAGAACCAAAUAAUACCACUACAGCACCAUCAACAGGGAAACCGACACCUACUGCAGCUGGAGAGAUUUCUAAACCAGGUGACUUUACAAGAAGUACGGUGGCUGCUUCUCCUUCCUCUACGGCGAACACAACAACUACAGCAGCAACAACAGACCCUGGAGUACACAGUACUCACACCGUAUCAGGAGCAACAGACUAUAAAGUGCCUCGAAAUUAUACAGAAUCAGUAACAAAAAAUCCUGAAAGAUCUGAAAAUGUAACAGAAUCAGUAACAAGAAACCUAAACAGAACUGAAAAUAACACAAAAUCGGGUGACACCGCUCCAGCGUCAUCAACCAGGAAACCGACACCUACUACAACAGGAGGUACAAAGCACAGUGAAGGAUACAGACCGACAUCAUCCUCAGCGUUAGGGAAUGUAGUGAUGGACCCAGACAAGCAAAAAAAUGGAGAAGCAGAUCGCAAAGAACACAAUCCCCUGUGGGCUCUAGUGCUUCUGGUCAUCCCGGCAGCUGCCGGCAUCUACUACUGGAGAUCCAAGGUCAGCAAGAGUCACUCGCAUCCAGGAGAUACGACUGACAACGGGAUGGAAAACGCCUCGUUCCAGAGCAGACCGGAGAGCAUCAAAGAUGGUGUGAUGCUGCUGGGAGUGAAGACUUCAGGGACGGACGACGGCGCGGCUGGAAGAGGCUGAGAAUCUUAUUCAAAGCACUGGAUAACCGUGGAGCCAGAGCCCUUGCGACUGAGACGAACGAAUCCCAGAUGGUAUAAAUUUGACGCACGUCUACAAUCGAUAAUCUGAAAUCAAAUUACGUCAAAUUCUGGCAUCCAGGGUGUUCCUUGACGUGGACGAUGCUGUAGGGACCCUAAAACCCAGUCCUGGGUGGACGGCUACAUGACAUGAUGGAUGGAUGGAUGGAUGGAUGGAUGGUGCCAAGUUAUAUUGCAUACUUAGGUUUUAUAUUAUAUAUAUAUAUAUAUAUAUAUAUAUAUAGUGAGUAAAUAAUUAUAGAAAUAACAGAUAUCUUCUGAGACAAACUAUGUUUGAAGUUUCAGUUACAAGAUAUAUAGUGUAAAAAUGUUUAGGGAAUACAUGAAAUAAUAAUAUUCAUGUAAUGAUCUGUAUGACACAAAAGUGAAAACUUGAUUAUACCCGGAGUUCUGUAAGGCAUUAAGCAUUUCCAAAGCGUUUCAUAAUAUUAAUAUAGUAUUAAUAGCCCAGAUCUGCAUAUUCCCAGCUACCCAGCCAUCACAUCUGUACUUCCUUCACAGAAACUGUUAAAUGUGUUUUUUUUUUUGUUCUUUACGUUUCUCUUAAUGUUUAACGCUUCACUCUAAUUCUGUACAAACUCCUCUUAUAUAAUGCACACGGUCAUCACAGCACCAAGUCAAACGCUCCACCCCACUGAGUAGGAACCAUAACGACAGAAAGAGUGGCUUGUUCAGUGUUGAUUUUAAUCAUAAGAUUUUUUUCAGGUAUCAUUUUAUACUUUUCUAUAUUAUGAGAUAUUUUUAGAAUAGAAUAGAACAGAACACAAUAGAAUAGAACAGAACUGAACAGAAUACAAUAGUUGUACAUUAUUGGUCCUUGUAGGGAAAUUCUCUUCUCACCUGCCCCAUCUUGCCCUCCGCGACACACAGACACCGGUGAGCUUGGGGGGUCAGACUGCAGAGCCCCAUCAAGCGUUUUUGAACUUAUGCCUAGAACUAACUGGGAUGUUCGAACUGUUAAAAUUUGUAGAUUUUGCUAUAUGGUGAUUAUGGUAAAGUCAAUGAUAUCAUAAAUUACUUUAGAGUUAGGGGAAUCAGCACCUGAAAUUAAAAAUGCUGCUUUUCUCAUUAUUCUAAAUUACAGAUUAUUCCAGAUUAUUCUUAAAAUGUAUGAUGACCUGUCAUCCGGUGAAUGAUUAUUCCUGUUCUGUUAGAUAUUGCUUUUUUAUCUAACGCUGUGACUCUGUUAUACAAGCUAACAUAUUUUGUUGACGCCAAGUCCAGUUUUUGUUCGAUGUUCAAUGGGUAUUUUAUCAAACGUACGCUUAUCUUUAUUUUGAUUUCUUUCCGCAAAGAUUUUUUGUCACUUGCCAAAAUGUCAAUGCUUUACAUUCUCAUGUCUCAUGGAUUAAAAAAUCUUAAACAGGAAGAA